CGAAACGACACAGAAGCAGCACAGCACAUUCGAGAUAUCCAGCAGGAUCACAGGGCCAGCUACAGAGAGACAAGGCAGAGGAUAUCGUCGGACAAGAGCAACAGAACACACAGGACCGGAUGUCCAUCUUCACGCGGGACCAGCUCCUGCAUCUGCGGGAAUCACCGCUCGUAGCCGCCAUUAAUCCCGAGCUGCCACCGUGGAUCUCAAGUGAAGCCAUUGAAAAGGCGCAGAAGGAACCGCGUGUUGCUACGCGCAUCGCUGGACCUGUUACAACGAAACCUGGCGAGACGGCGGAUAACGAUGGAUUCAUCCUAAGAGAACCAAGAAGCAAGCGUGACUCGCGCGACAAGGAUACACGCGGCUCAGCGGAUCGAUUGUUUGAGCGUCGCAAUCCACUCUCGAAGGAAGACCGUGGCUUUGAUAAGAAUGAUGUCUUCAAAUCCCUGAGAGAACCUAGACGACCGGAGGCUGGGGAGGAGAACUUUGCUUCUCGUCGAGGACUCAAAAAGGCUGCUGCUCAAUCAACCAGGGAGUCACGAGAAGCACCAGCUUGGGCGCAAGAAAAGAAGGCGAAUGCUCAUGCAAGUGCAGCGGCAGAGGCAGGGAAAGACGAAGACAACGAUCCAAGUGGCAAGACAAUUGAUGACUUUGAGCGCUGGAAGGCCAGUAUGCGUAAAGCAGAAGGACUCGAAGCAGGUGCACAGGCGAGUGAGACGGUCCUGCCACCACUCCAGCAAGCAGCGUCGUCCCCUGCAAAGGAAGUCAAAGCACCGCCUGGCUUCACACCGGCCAUGGCAUCCACUGAAGAUGGUGAAGCACUCAUGAAUAAGCUGUUUGCAGCAGGUGGAGCAUCAUCCAUCCAACCAUCGCCUGAAAAACAGCACAAGGCCUCACCACCCGGGCACAGCUCUGUCGCUGCUGGUGGAAGCAGCAAGUUUAGCAAAUUCUUCUCAGCUGCUGGACCAACGCCAGCUGCACGCCAAGAAGCACGACCGCAGCAAGUUGUGCAACAGCAGCCUGAUGCUCUUGCAGCGUUCGCUGAAGCCAGCAGUGGGAAGCCAAAGAACAAGGAUGAUGUGGAAGGCUUGGAACGUAUCCUGGCAAUGCUCUCAUCGUCUCAGGGACAGCAGAAAUCCGGCCCGCCUGCGUCUCAGCAUCAAGGUGGACAGCGGCAACAUCAUGAACCUACUGGUGGUUCGGGCGAUGUCUAUGCAAGUCGUGGUAAUAACCCCUCACAACCACUCCGUGGACAAGGCUUUCCUGGUCCAGCAGCCCAUGCUCCGUACUUGCAAUACCCUGAUCGCAAUGCAAUGCUAGGCAUGCAACCUGGAGAUGUCAACAUGUUGCCACCACGAACGCACCCAACAAGUCCUCAAAAAGAUCGAAACAGUCGUGGUAUCGUUGCCUUUUCACCAGAACACGAACACCUGCGUUAUGCUCAACAAACACAACCGCCCAACAUGGUUGGUGGGUAUGGUGGACCGCCCUCGCAUCGUCAACAGGGGCCGCCCAUGGGUAUGCAUGGUCCUAUGGGUCCACUUGUCCCACCACCGCCCAUGUCGAUGCCUGCUAUGCGCGAUGGAUCAGGUGGUGUCGAUGGGAUUUUGGGACAUCAUGCACAAAAUCAAGAUUUCUUCAGUAGCUUGUUGUCUCAAGCUGGUCCAUUGCCGCCUCACCAUCAUCAUCAACAACAACAACAACAGCAGCAUCAUUCUUUUCACCAGCAGCAGCAACACCAGGUGGGAGGAGGACCGACGUCGCCGGUGAAUGCGAUGGCCGGAUUAGCGGGUAGGCCGCCACAAACGCGUGAGGAAGCAGCGUAUGUGCAACAGAGGAUGCGCGAACAAGCUAUGGCGAAUGGCUCGAGACGGUAUGAAGGUGGUGAAGGCGGCGCUGGGCUGCCUCAAGGUCAAGCUUGGUCCUUGGAUCCAAGGAUGCCGCCGUCGUCGUCUGGGCCGUCGCAGCCUUACAGGUGAUUUUGGGAUAUACAUUCUGAGAGAGACGCUUGAGUUGCUUUCUGACCAUGUUUAGGGAUGUCCGCAUGUCAUGUCUCUGGCCAUCUUCCUCACCGUCGUCUACGUGUAUCCCUGCUGUGCUCUAUGUCUGUGACUGCUCCUUUUCCUUCUUUCGCCUUCUGCGACGACUCAACCGACUCGAGGCCUCAUACACGCCCUCUACUCUUCUCCGCCUGAUACAAACAUGCCUAUGACUGAGUCCAAGAAGGCUCUCGCAGCGAGUAUAUGC